ACCGCUAACAGGACCAUGGCUAAUUGUAUUGAAAACCAAAACAAUACAUCUUCCAAGCCUCUGUCAGGAGCCUCGAUAGGCAUAGGGGUACUGUCGCUUGCUUUCAUCUUGGGAUUCCCUGGCAAUGCCUUCGUAGUGUGGACAGCCAUUUGCUGGGUUCGCAAGCGGACAGUCACCUGCCUCCUCAUUCUUCAUUUAGCCAUCGCUGACCUGGCAGUGCUCCUCACCGCCCCUCUCUUCCUGCGAUUCCUAAGUGCCAAGAAAUGGGAAAUGGGUCAGGCUGUCUGCCAAAUCUGCUACUACAUCUGUGGGGUCAGCAUGUAUGCCAGUGUUUACCUCAUUGCUCUCAUGAGCCUUGACCGCUGCCUGGCUGUUUCCAAACCUUUUGUCUCACAGAAAAUCCGUACCAGGCGCACCAUCCGGCUUUUGGUGUUUGCGAUUUGGGUGAUGAGCCUUUUCUUAGCUGUGCCUUCUCUCCUCUACCGGAAAGUGGUGACUCAUAACAGCACAUCGUACUGCAUUUUGUGUCACCAAGGAGGUAAGGAGUUAGUCUUCCAGAACCUCUUUGAAACCAUCACUGGGUUUCUGCUGCCUUUUACCAUUGUUGUCUACAGCUACGGGAUGAUUAGUCAACGCCUCAAAGGGACUCGUUUCCGUCAGAAACGCAGGACCAGCCGACUCAUUAGCCUCAUUGUGAUAGCCUUCGCUCUUUUCUGGCUUCCUUACCAUAUUGUCAACCUUCUAGAUGUGAUUGGUCUGUGGAGUGGCUCGUCAAAGGUUCAAAUCGCAGGGAGGAAGGGUAGGCCCAUUUUGGUGGCCCUUGCCUUCUUCAGUAGCAGUGUAAACCCCAUCCUCUACACUUUCAGCGGAGGCUCCUUAAUCCGAUCAUCUGGUAUUGGUUUCAUGGCCAAACUCUUUGAAGGAACAGCCUCAGAGAUGUCCAGUGUAAAACAUGGUACAACCCGAGACCGAGAUGCUAAGACAGAACCCUUAAAUAAUGAGAAACCAGAGUUGUUAACUAUGUCUACUAACCCUACAGAAAGUAGCUCAGCUCAAGAAGGUGGAAAAGGCUUGAACCUGCUCCCAUGAACUUGAAACUAGGGACAAGGGGGGACAUUCAGACUUUUGUUGUUAGUUUUUUUAAAGAUCUAUAG